AUGGAAAUUCGUGCCAACAUGGUGGCGAUGUCUGCUUGUGUUCUUCAUCACCUUGAAAAUGGUUUCGUAGACAUUUCGAAGUAUUUUCUUCAAGAUUUGUGGUUAGCAUUUGAUAUCAUCUGUUUGCAGUUAAUAAUACAUUUGCACAUUUUGCCAGCAAUGGCAACACAGUUCACUUGUGCGAUUCUUGAGAACAUAUGGGAAGACGAAAUAUUUGGUGCUUCAGACAAAAAGCAUAUUUUCGUGAACAGAAAUAUCAAAGAUGUUCGUAACAUUGUGUCGUGUUUUUGUGUCUUUGUUUUGCGAGGGUUAAGAUUUCUUUUCUUUACGCUUUUCACCAGUUCUGUCGGUCGUCUCCAGAGCUUCUCAAUGACAGGCAUAGGACAUUCAAAGCUAAAUGGAUUUAUUGUCAAUAUUCGAACGAGACAAUUUUCACUGGCCAUUUGCCCAUCGCAUUCGAGUGUGGAAUUGAAGACAAGAAAUAAAAAAUUUGACAAAACAACAGUUUUUCCUUUGCUUCCCGAAAAUAAAUUUGCAUGGAAAUUGGCAGCGAAAAUUAUGCUGAUAAUUUAUGCAACAAUCGAGCCCACGGGCUAA